AAAUCAAUUUCGAUUGAUAUUUAUGUUCUAAUCAUUGAGCGAAAGGGCGAGACAGUGUUGAGGAUGCGGAGGGUAAAUGGUAUUUUGCGGCAGAGCCAGAAAGCCCUGCAAGAUCUGGAUUUGCUCAAGGUACUCCAAUCUGAGAUCAGACACGAACAAUCCCAUGAUCGAUUUCAGAAUUAUCAAGGCGGUAAUCCGGGAGAUUUCGCGGUGGACUGGGACUCACCAGCUUCUCAAGAUGUGGUUUUGCGGAGGAAGUGCGAGUCGGGUGAAGAGGUCGCUGUCUCAGCCCUUCUGAGUCCCAUAACCUUUAGAAACGAGGAGGGUUCAUUUCCAAGGGACCUUCUGAUGAAGGUGUGUGUAAAGAAACCUGGUUUGAGUCCUGUUUUGCAGUUUGAUUGUGGAGUUUUUAGCAAAGACCAUGAAAGGUUGGAGUUCAACAUCCACAGUGCAUAUUAUAUUCCCUCACCGGCUUGUCUGAAUCCCUCAGCCUACAGAGGGCCCUCAUUCAGUUCGUUGGACCCUAAUUUACAGGACGCACUCAAGGAAUAUCUACUAGCCAGGGGUAUCGGAGACGACCUGACCAACUUCCUUGUCAUUCACCUGCAUAAAAAGGAGCAAACCCAAUAUAUGAGCUGGUUGCAUAAACUGGAAGCUAUGAUGGCAAAGGACGAUUGAUCUGAAGAGUGGCCAUCACCAGGUUUAACUCAUACAUGCCCCAUUCAUUGUUUAACAUGCGCAUUCCAUCUUCUGUUGUCGGAAAAAAUAAAUAAAUAAAUAACUCUUUUUCCCUUUACAUCUCAAUCUUUAAUCAGUAAUGGAGUUUAUUUUUAAUUUUUUUCCCAGAGCUAUAUUCACUUAUAACCAUGCCGUAAGCUUGUUAGAAUCUUUUACUAUUGAAAUUGGGAACUUAUGAUGGGUUCCCUUAAAUUUAUUUGAAUUUGCUCUGAUGUUUGAUGGGCAUUUCUUCAUUC